GUUUAGAGUCUGGUGGUCUGGUUGGGUAAACAUUAUACAACGUGAUGUGAACUGCAACGGGUUGCUUUACCUUAAACACUGCGAAAUCAGCAGAGAAGAGCCUGACAGAAAUAACACAGACGCUGACGAUGGCUGCAGAUUCAGCAGUGUCCAAUGGAGGAGAGAACAUCCUCACUGACAGCGAUGAUGAUAUCCUGAAUCCUAAUGACCUGUCAGAAGUUUUGGCAGCAGGAACCAAAGAAUCUCAUGACAAAGCUGAGAAUUCACCAUUUGUCAAAGACUUCCUAAGGGGCCGAAUUAAACGGGAACUUUUUAAGCUUGGCACCACUGCCCUGUACUAUGUUUAUUCUGCCAUUGAGGAGGAGAUUGAGAAGGUUAAGGACCACGCAGUGUUUGCCCCUCUAUAUUUCCCCUCUGAGCUUCACCGGCAAGAGGCCUUGGCCAAAGACCUGGCGUAUUUCUAUGGUGAAGACUGGGAGAGCCAGAUCUCCUGCUCUGCUGCCACACAGCCCUAUGUAGACCGCAUACAUGAGGUGGGUCGCGAUGACCCGGUUCUUUUGGUGGCACACGCAUGGACCCGUUACAUGGGUGACCUAUCAGGAGGGCAGAUUUUAAAGAAAGUGGCUCAGCGGGCCCUAAAACUGCCCCCUACCGGUGAGGGCUUGAACUUCUACCAUUUUGAGGGCAUCCACAACCCCACAGCCUUCAAGAGGCUGUACCGCAGCCGGAUGAACGAGCUGGAAGUGGAUGCGGAGACCAAAGCCAAGCUGCUAGAUGAAGCCAACCUGGCUUUUAAAUUGAACUUGGACGUAUUCACAGAGUUGCAGGAGAUCGGGAAAGACAUAGAAGAGGAAGUGCAGGACAUUGGUCCCCAUGCACAUGGAGACAUGGGUGGAGAUAUUAGUAAAUGUCCAUACUAUGCUGCCAAAAUGGCGGUCAGUGGAAACACAACCUACGCAUGUAAUUUCGCCAAGACGGUGCUUCGACAAUCAACAGUACAGGUGAUUCUGGCCACAUUGGUUGCUGCUGUUGCCGGAUUGGCUGCCUGGUACCUCAUGUGAUCAUCUUUACACUAAUUAAAAAAACAGGAAUUCCAUAACCAUAUAAAGCAUAGGUCUCAAACUCAAUUUCUGGAGGGCCGCAGCUCUGCACAGUUUUGCUCCAAACACAGCUGAUCCAACUAAUCAAGGUGUCCAAGACUACUAGACACACUGUGUUUGAUUAGGUUUAGAGCAAAACUUUGCAGAGCUGCGGCCCUAUAGGUCUCUUGUUUGAGACCUAUGAUUUAAAGAUUUAGACAAAACCUGGAGUCUAUUUGUAUAAAAUAUAAUGCAAGUUUUAGCCUUAUUGAGGGAAUGUGACCUUCUUUAUUCUGUUUUCACUCUCAGUCAAGAGUGUAAGCAUACUUUUAAGGGCAUGCAAGAUGACAAUGGAGCUGCUUGAUCUGCUUAAUGCAAGUCUGUAUCGUUAACCUAUUUUGGUUGGUUUUGCACAUUGUAAUACAUAAAAAAUGUGUUAUAUACAUCACUGUGGUGCAGUGAAUGAUUAAAAAGAUUCUGUCCAUGCAGAUUUCUGUGGCAUUUAAUGUAGAAUAAAGAGAUCAACGCUAA